AUGGGUUCCAAACACGCCCGCGGUCAAGCACCAGUCAAGCGUGUAGCUCAAUUUUAUGCCGAACAGAAGGCAGCCGAGAAACUUGCUAUCAAACAGCAAAAGGAAGCACAGAAUCAACAGGCUCAGCAAGCAAAGACCCAACGGUUGGCACAAGAGAAGGCUUUGGCACUUCAACGUGUUUUCAACUUCGACUACUCUACUCUACCUAAGCACUCUGCGCUCAAGGUAGUCAAAGAUGCCGGCACCGGAACUGUCAAGUUGCACAUCAACAUUGGCAUCAUUCAUCACCAAAAGACAGACAAGGAGGUCAAUCUCAAUAUUGUUCUUUCCAAGUACACGGAUCUUAUCACAAAGGUUGAACUCAGACUAGUAGCUCCGACAUAUCAUAAAUCCUCUGAGGUUUACUACCUUAGAGUCGAGAACAUCAUGCGGACUAUCAACUGCCUUAACAAAUUCAAGAUCGAAGAGUUCCAAUUCGUGGUCUCACUCAACAACGCCUUUAAUUUCAAUCAAAUGAAGCUCGCAGCUGCGGCAUACGGCUUGAAUUUCAAGGACUGGACAUUGGCUACGGAGAUUCUUAGGGUUAAUGGUAGAUUUAGUGUUGAUAUUGGUAGUCCAUGGGACCGUAGAUCGGCUGAUUUAUACACGGCCGAAUUCUUAAUUCACAAGGAGAAGUGA